CGAGAUCACCUUCCUGCUGUCUAGUACAGCACUAAAAACUGUCAGUGAGGUUAGAGGGUGGAAGAAUUCCUCAAAUCGGCGACUGCCGUUCAAACAGCGGUUUGAAUGUCCAAAUCUGUGCUUCGGUGUUAUUACAAACGUAGCGUGUGACACUGAGGAGAAAAACGGCAGCGUCCUCGUCCAAACUGUACAGGCCAACAGUCUCUGAACUAGAUCACACAGUGCUGUAACACAACGAGCAAAUGGCGUUGAAAAGAAUCCAGAAGGAACUGACAGACCUACAGAGAGAUCCACCAGCUCAGUGUUCAGCAGGUCCAGUCGGAGAGGACUUGUUUCACUGGCAGGCAACAAUAAUGGGGCCGAAUGACAGUCCAUAUCAAGGAGGGGUUUUCUUCCUUACCAUUCAUUUCCCAACAGACUACCCCUUUAAACCACCAAAGGUCGCAUUCACAACAAAAAUCUACCACCCGAAUAUUAACAGUAACGGAAGUAUUUGUCUGGACAUCCUGCGAUCUCAGUGGUCACCCGCACUUACUGUAUCCAAAGUCUUGUUGUCCAUCUGCUCCCUCUUAUGUGACCCGAACCCAGAUGACCCGCUGGUACCUGAGAUCGCACAUACAUAUAAAGCAGACAGAGAAAAGUACAACAGACUAGCGAGAGAAUGGACGCAAAAGUACGCCAUGUGAGAGUGCCUGCCACUAAAACACUACAAAAUCAAA